UACAGCUACUUGUACGUCACGGUUUAUACUUUUCUUUUCUUGUGAUUAAGUUUGUAGUUCCUUUACGAAUUUUCCGAGGAGAAACGAUGUUUCGGGCUUUGGGUUUUGGCAUAAGUACAAGCUUCCUUUUUAUACCAGCCUUGUUCCUUGGUAGACAACGGUGCACAGUUUCCGCAGCUGAGAAAAAUGCAAAACCCAACAUUGCAAUAAUUGGAGCAGGCAUUGGUGGUUCGAGUGCUGCGCAUUUCAUUCGACAACUCUUUGGACCCGAGGCAACAGUUGAUGUUUACGAGGCAUCAGAUAGGAUCGGGGGACGUUUGAGUACCAUGGAAAUUGCCGGGAAAAGGUUUGAAUCUGGAGGAUCGAUAAUACAUAAGAGUAACAAAUACAUGGGAGACUUCGUCGAGUAUCUUGGAUUAAAGAAACUAAAAAGCAGUGAACCUAACAGCCUCCUUGGAAUAUAUAAUGGGGAAGAGUUCGUCUUUUAUGGUAGCAGAUGGAAACUUGUGAAUUUCAUAAAGCUUGUUUGGCGGUAUGGCUUGUUUGACCUGUACGCCAUGGACAAUUUCAUCACAAAAAUGUUGACAAACUUUUCAAAUAUUUAUGAUUUGCAAGAAAAGGAACAGGCAUUCAAUACAGUGCCGGAAAUGUUGCGAGCUAUGGGCGGAGAGAAGUUUUAUGAGUACACUCAGCAAACAACACGACAAACUUUGGAGAAUAUUGGUCUUAAUCAAUUGUUAAUAGAUGAAUUAGUGACAGUUGUCAUGAGGAUCAAUUAUGGUCAGGAUGUGACUUUAAAUGGGUUUGCAGGGGCAGUGUCCUUGGCAGGAUCACAGGGUGGUCUUUGGUCUGUUGAAGGAGGAAACUGGAAGGUCUGUGAUGGGUUACUUUCCAACUCAAAUGCUACUGUGUACAAAAACACUAAGAUAUCAGAGAUAGUGAAAGGAAGUCAUGGUAGUUCUGCGCACCCUGUUUACACCUUAAAAAGUGACAGUCAAAUUCCAGAGCGGCAUUAUGAUGUUGUCAUCGUUGCAGCACCCUUAGAAAUUACAGAUUACUAUUUUGAUUGCAAAGACUGCAACAACUGGCCUAUUCCAAAAGACCUUGGAGAAUUUUGGCGUACAAUUGCUACUUUUGUACAUGGUCAAGUAAACAUGACUCAUUUUGGGUUUUCAACCGAGGAUGAUAUUCCAGAAGUGAUUGGCACAACAGAAACGCCCAUGAACUUUUUUAACUCUGUUGGCAAGCAGGAACCUGUUGAAAACAGGACAGAAAUUGAUCCAAAGGAAUUGCCCAUUCGCAAAAUUUUUUCACGGUCUAAUCUGACUGCUUUGCAACUAAAUAGACUUUUUAGUAGGGUGGAUGAGAUGAAAGUAGUAUCAUGGCUAGCAUAUCCACACUUUACACCUCCAGAAAAGUUUUGGUCAUUUCUCUUGGAUGAUGGAGUCUUCUUUGUCAAUGCAAUUGAAUAUUCUGCAAGUGCAAUGGAGAUGUCAGCAGUGAGUGCUAAGAAUGCAGCUUUAUUAGCACAUCAUUACUACUCUGGGAAGACGUCAGAUGAACACAUCAACGAAAAGUACUCAAAACCCAGGAGUGAGCUGUAGAUACAAUAACAUUUGCUAGUGUACUAAACUGUUCUAGAUUAUUUGAAAUGAUAUCAGAGUGGCCAUAUUGGCUGUGUAAACAAUGAUUUGGCUGCUAUAACAAGUAUACAAGUCAGACCUCUGUGAUUUUACCCUUUUUUUGUAUGUAAACACCCUCUUUUGUUCUGAUAAAUCUCUAUGGCUACCCACCAUUGGGGUUAAUACAGUAAGAUCUGCAAAACAGUGCCCUACACAAAAAUUGUAUCCCAAACUUGAACAUCAAACAUUUCUCCACUUUAAUUAGAACUUCCAAAAAUGUAUAACAAUCAAUAAAAAUCUACAAGACACUAAAAGCUUUAAAAGUAUGUAAUAAUAAUGACAGAACUCAUUGGUCUUAUAAAAAACAUUUAAGUGUUGUUUUGCACUUAGGAGUCAUCGACACGACAAGUUUAAUAUUAGAAAAUCCCUAAACUUUCACAAGUGUUUUUUUUCUUCUUUCAUAACAUGCAACGACAUUAACCUAAAAAGCUGUAAGUGCAAAUUGUCAACUUAAAAACCUGUUUAGUAAGCCCAGAUUGUUACUACAAAGCCUUUCUAUUUCCUUUGUAAAACACCAGCAUACUAAAGUGUCUACAGGUUUAGAUUUGUUUGCACAACAUUUUGCCUAGAAAGACUUAUUUCUAUAUAUAUAAAAGGUCUGAUUUCCACAACUGGCUACAUGUUUAUACCAAUAUUAAUAAACAACGAUUGGGAUGGCUGAUAUUUCAUUUCUUAAAUAACCAAGCUGGCUUGUUGUGUGAAUACAGCAAGAGUGUCUCAUGGUUGAUCCAUUUUUUUUUCACUAAGAAUAUAGAAGUAGGUAAAUAAUAACAUUCCUUGGAAAAUAUCUUGGAGCCAAAAAGUACAACAUUUGAAGAUAUACAUUAUGUAAUUUAGUUUCUCCAAUUGUAUUUGAGUGUGUAUUUAAGAAGAAAACCGUAAGAGCCAGCUCUGUUGACCUUUUACAUUUUUAACUAAAAAAUAUUUUAGUUUUGUCACAAUCAGUCCUUUCACACGCUUUUCAGUGCAAAGUAACGACUAAGAUUACACCACGGAAAUUGUCUGUGGCUAGUUAAAACUAGAGAAGUGAUUAAAAGUAGAAGUCUGUAGAA